AUGCCGCCGAGUACAAGCAACGAUCUCGUACCGGUAGACUCGCUCAGUGCUACUCAGAUCCAGUCGUAUCUCGACUCGUACCCCUCCGCAAUAGCGCACAAAGCCUCACUCUCCUCCACCGCUCCCAAACCCGGCGAGGGCCUAGCAGAUCUCGAUAACUGGUACCAAUCUCUCCCCGCUCUCACUGCCUCUUCUGAUCUCAAAAAAGGCAUCAAAGGCAAGGCAGAGCUCGAAAAACUGAUGCGAUGGAAGCUCGCCCGCGAGAAACAUCGCCCAACUCUCAUGUCGCUGAUCAAAUCAAACCCUGCUGCUACUUGCACCAACGUGAUCACUCGAGCAUCCACCCAUCUCCUCUCCCAUUCCUCAAAACUUUCAUCGGAAAAAUCAUCCGCAGAAGAACUGCUGAAAGCGGUAGAGGGAACAAUGCGCAUCUUAGCAGAGCUAAGAGGUGUUGGUCCUGCAACGUCUUCAGCUAUCGUUGCCAGUUGGGUUGAAUGGGGUGUCUUUCAGUCGGAUGAGCUCGUGAUGAGUUUGAUGGGGAAAGGGAUGAAGAUUGAGUACAGUUGGGGGUUUUAUAGGAAGUUUUAUAGGCUAGCGGUGCAGAGUUUGAGGGGGUGGAGGAAGGAUGGGAAGGUGGGGAGUGCGAGGGAGAUGGAGAGGGUUGCUUGGAGUGUAUUCUAUUCUCCGAACUCGUUGGGUGAGGCAGGAGCGUUAGAAUCCAAGCCAAAGCAGGAGACAGGUCUCGAGGAGGAGUCAAGAGAGAAAGAGAAAGAGACAAAAGAGUCAGGACGGGGUACAGCAAAGGAGAAGGUCAGGGCCAAAACCAAGAAGGAGGGAAGAGGCGAGGGGAAACGCAAGACCGCCCUCAAAGCUGACCCUAAAGUGGAAGAAGAUCAAAGCGAGAGCGCAGCAGACACGGCAAGCAGAAGCUCUAAGCGAACUCGCACAGCAAAGUGA